GACUGAUGCGAUUUAAAAUCAAAAUGAAAUCAGCAUGUCAUCGUGUCAUCAGCAAGCGAUUAUUGACUUAUGUAUUCAAUGUGCUUCACAAUUGCUGAAUAACUUCUUUCAUCGUGCACUUUGGGGGCCUGUGUUAUGAAUAACAAAACCCAUCUCCCAAGGGUCACUCAGGCAUAAACCAUCCUAGCGACCAAGACGCACAGUACCGUCUCCAGCUUCGGUUUGAGUCAGACAUUUUAGGAUGUCAUAACAUAAGUUUAACGUUUUAAUUUCCGACUUUUGUUUAUAAUGUAGACCUACUUCUAGACUUGGUGUGUAACGUUUUUAGUACUGGUACCGAUCAAGUGGGCGUAAGCAUGGAGUAAGAGAUACCAACAAUGCCAAACGUUCGAUAUUAUCACCAUGGAAAAUAUCAGCAACCAUCGAAGGCAGUGCACUUCUUACCACCGCUACGACUUACCACCACCACCCUUGAAGUAAGCAAUAUGAAUAGCGUCAACCGCCGCGUACAAAAUGAUACAAGACGUUCCGAACACAAUCCUCAAACGCAUUCAAAACGAUUUUACACACGGUACAAAAAAUUGCUUUUUACUAUCGCAAGCUCCCUUACAGCAACGGAUAUCAACGACUUAAAAUGUCUUUGUAGAGACCACGUAAGACCAACACAUCAUAUCGAUGAUGUCCGUAACUCUUGGUCUUUUAUAUUACUAUUGGAGAACAAGAAAUUACUUGCUCAUAAUAGCCUGGUGUUCCUUCAAACACUCCUGUAUUACGUCGGCAGAACAGAUCUAUAUUCCCUAGUGUUAAGGUUCAGAGCUGAUAGACAAAACGAAUACAAGGGCAAUGGCGUAGAAAUUCAUCAGCAUUUGAAAGUGAGAGAACAAGAUACAAAGAAAAUGGAACUUGCCAGAGAAAUGCUGGACUUUCGCCGAAAACUGAAGAAUUCGAGACGAAAUAAUAAACCCAACUUAACUUUAUUACAACAGAGAUUAUCAGAGUUAAGCAUACGAGUACAGCAAAAUAUCGGACUAAACACAAUGAACAAUUACAAUAGCAGGUCUUCAGAUAACCAAAGAUCUGUAAGACUGUCCAUUCAACCAGUGCGUGCUACGGAUAAUAACGAGCGCAUUUUAGGAGGACUAAAUGAAAAGAACAACUUCAAAAGUAGGCCUACAGAUAACCAAAGACCUGUAACACUGAUUCAACCAGCACGUGAUACGAAUAAUAAUGAAGACCACAAUAUAGGAAGACAUAACGAAAUGAACAGCUAUAAAAGCAGACCCACAGAUCACCUAAAACCUAUAACACUGUCAAUUCAACCCACCCAUAAGACUGAUAAUAACGAAGACGAUCAAGAGAUAUUAAUUUGUGAUGAAAGCCAAGUGAGGGACAGACAAAGCGGCCCAGAUUAUGAAAUGGACCAAGAGACAUUGGGAAAUAUAAAAAAUAAAUAUGAGGAUUCGCAAAUGAGAAAUACGAAGGAAAAUGAAACAGAAUUCAUAAAGGAAACUGACGAAUGUUCUACUCAGUUUAAUGCGCCAGAAGAACGGUUGCACAACGAAGAAUAUUUCUUAUCUGAAGAAGCUAUCUUAGCCGAGACCCCAUUCCCGCCUCUUCACAGGGGUGAAGAAUUUAUCUUCCAGGACCACAACACACGUAAUAAACGUGAACAUACUUAUAGCAAUAUACAUUCACCUUCAGUAACACAUCUAAAACAUGAAAAAAACGAGGAAAAAAAUGUACCGUUGAAAAUUAAACAGAUACGAAAAAGGUUCGGUAAAGAUAACUGGCAUAAGAUGAGAUAUCAACAUAAUAGAUCUAAAAGAAUUAAAAAGAGGAAGAAACGGAAAAGGGAAACCAAAGAAGAUAAUCUCGAUUCAGAUGAAUCGUCUAACUCCGAGUCUGAAGAGUAUUUUAAAUUUCCAAACAUCUACGAAAAAUACGCAAGAUUUCCACGUCUUUCAACGAAUGCUUCAAAAGCAAUAGUUGAACAAAAUAUGAGAAGGUAAUUGGAAUGUUUUCCAUGAAUACGAUUUGGUAUAAAACUGGGAAAAGUAAUAUAACUAGUGAAAUAUGUCUAGAUGAUAAUUUGAUAAUAAAACUAAACAAGCAUUUAUUUCUCAAUAAAUAACAUAGUGAAUGUGGUACAUUUGUAGCUAAAUAUGCAAUGUAUUAUCCUAAUGAAAUUAAAUUAUAUAUGCAAUAUUGUACGCCUGCUCUGGUGGGUUGUUAUUGUAACGCAAAAAAUACAUAUAUUGAGACAAUUUUAGUAUUGUUACUAUCUUCCAAUAACUUAAUUUGCCUCACGAAAGUAAAGAAAAGAGACUAAUCAGGAAAAUAUGCAAUACUUCAGAUGGCAUAAUGAUUAUCAAUAUAGACCUGUGAGCCUAACAAAGAUAGUUUAAUUAACAGAAGACAUCACAUCUAACCAAAACAUUCAAAGAAGUGAAGGACCUAGGCCUAAUAUUGUCUAAGCCUGUCUUUAAAUUUGCCUCAUGGUACAAACCUGCUAUUUUACCAGGCACGUGUAUACAAUCUCUUAUAAUGUAUCUAUCGGGAGCUAAGUUUGAUUUAGGCCUAUAGGGUGGUUUGACCAAGGAGGUGCAACAGCAUGGUUUUACCUAUUAUUUUGUGCGGACGACAUAUAUAUUCUUAUCAUUCAAGAUUUAUUUAUCAUCAAUCUAAUACAAUCGGUUAUUACCAUGGUGAUACAUAUUGAUCGUUGAUCCAUGUCAGUCUUAUUUAUUUGUUAUAGCUCAUAUUCAUCUGUCGAAGCUAAAUUUUUCAGCUGAAAUUGGACGUAGUGUCUACAGAUGAUUAUUGGAUAUUUAUCACGUAAUAUUGAACGUAUCCUGUUAAUUAUUAUUAUGAGCCAUUUUAUAGACACUGAUAUAAAAGAGGUUGGCAUGGCAAUCGAAGCGCGUGGUUAUAACAAAGUGACUUGAUGUGUUUUCCAAUUGUAGCUCGAUGCCAGAAACAGCGGUGAGGACAUGCUAAGUGGAUCAUAGACUGAAAGAAAUAUUAAUAUAAAAGAUAUAUUAAUUAACAAAUAUUCAUUGUAAAAGUUAUGUUUAAUGAAAAUUAUACUAUCAUAUUUAAAUUUUUAUAAUAUAAAUGAGAGGUUUA